UUCACAUUGUUAGCAUGGCUCCCAGAGGUAUGAUCGCCGUGACAACCGUCCUCUGCCUCAUACUGGGCCUGCUCGGUCCAGCUCCAGCUGCCUUGGGCUCCAGUACAGGCAGAUUAUGUUGUACAAGAUACAACAGGAAGCCAGUGCCCUUCCAGCGCAUAAAGGGCUACAGAGAACAAACCACCAAGGAAAACUGCCACAUCGAGGCGAUCAUUUUCUACACGAUCAGGAAGAAUGAGAUAUGUGCGACACGCAAGGAUGAGUGGGUGAGAAAAACUCUGGAAUUACUCAGUUCAAAACUGAAGAAGAUGUCCCAGCCUGGCUCUGCUGCAGAUGACGGAACGACGAAGAAAAGCGUAAAGCCUUCGUUUAAUGAUGGAAGUGGAUUUUUGGGCAGUACUGCUGAAACCUUCCUGAACAGCACGGACAGUUUCUACUAGCAGGAAACAGGUUGUGGUCCAAGAGAAGAGAUUUGGAAUUAAAGGACUCGCGCUAUAAAAAUGCCCAUCUGAGGGAGUGUUUCAGGGAAACUGAGCAUAUUGUAGUCCAGUCUGGAGAGUAAAAGAAAUGCUACUUGCUUAAACAUAUACAGCGUCAGCUUAUAAUCAUGACUUCAGGACACCCUGAGAAGAACAGCUUUGAGACUAAUGAUGAAGAAUAUUAGCCUAGCCACUCAGCUAAUGUUUAUGUGAAUGAUAUUUUUUAAAAUCAUGCUAUGCUACUGCUAUUAAUCUGCUCCUUAAUCAAGUUUACAUGCUUGAAUGCCAAUACCAGUUCUCAUAAACAAAUAAAUUUACUUCAUAUUACUCCAA